UACUUUGGCGCGCCUACUUAUGUAUUACACUAAAUUCGUCAUUCUUAGUUCUUACACCUCUCUAAAUAAAUCUCUAAAACACCCAUUUUCUAUUAUUAAAAACCAAACUUCAAAAAUUAGCACACAAAAACCAUGGAUAAACCACCUACUACUACUCAUUCUAAUAGGAACAAUGAUGAAUUUUCAAAACUUCAAUCUCUUUUCACCAAAAACAAUCUUCCUAAAAGAUCAAUUUUCUCUUCAAAUUUAUGUUUCCCAACCUCGAUUUUCGCCAUCGUUCUUCUUCUCAUUCUUGGUUACAAUUCCUUUACAAUUUUCUAUUUCAUACCUGUUUUUUCCAUGGAAAAUGAUAAAGAAACAGAGAAUAAUAAUAAUAACAUUAAUUUGCCAAAUUCACAAUUAUCCUCUUUAGAUACUAAUUUUCCAACAAAUGAAGAGAAUUUCCCUAUGUUUUCAACGAAAACCCAAUUCAAAUCUUCCCACAAAUUCACCCCUUUAAAUCCUCGAACAAUGAGGAAAGUGAGACAAGUGAUCAAACCCCCUUCAUUAGUAGAGCAGCCUACUCAUCCUGAUCAUCAGUCAAGAACAUUUUCGAAGCGAGUGAGGCAGUUUUUCAACGACAAUUCGUGCAAGUUUCGAGUUUUUAUGACAUGGAUUUCGUCGAUCAAGUCAUUCGGAGAUCGCGAAAAGUUCACCAUUGAAAGCCUCUUCAAGUUCCACCCAGAAGCUUGUUUGCUCAUAGUUUCAAAUUCACUGGACUCAAACAGGGGAACCCAGAUUUUAGAACCCUUUUCAAGGUUGAAUUACACAGUAAUGGCGGUUUCUCCUGAUUUUAAGUUCAUCUUCAAGAAUACAAUGGCUUCUUUUUGGUAUUAUCAGUUGGAGAAAGGUAAUGUUGAGCCAGGAGAAAUCUCAUUAGGCCAAAAUCUUUCGAAUUUGCUUAGACUUGCUCUGCUUUAUAAGUAUGGUGGGGUGUAUAUGGACACUGAUUUCAUCGUUUUGAAGAGAUUAGACACCUUGAGGAAUGUAAUCGGAGCUCAAACCGUCGAUUCGAAGACGAAAAAUUGGAGUAGAUUGAACAAUGCUUUGAUGAUAUUUGAUAAGAAACACCCUCUUUUGAUCAAGUUCAUUGUGGAAUUUGCACUCACUUUCAACGGUAACAAGUGGGGGCAUAAUGGUCCUUACCUUGUGUCUAGGGUUGUGGAGAGGGUUACCAAUAGAAGCAAGGAAGGUGGUGUAAGUGAUUUUACGAUUUUGCCCCCAUCCGCGUUUUAUGUCGUGAGCUGGUCUAAGAUCGGUAACCUGUUUAAAAAACCUGUAGACAAACGUCAUUUGAAAUGGGUGGAUGAUAAGAUUGACAAGAUUGAAAGGGAUAGUUAUGCUAUUCAUUUGUGGAAUAGGCAAAGUAAAGAGAUUAAGGUCGAAGAUGGGAGUAUAAUUAGUCAUUUUAUGAAAAGUUGUUGUAUUUUUUGUACUUUGUCAAGAACAACCUCCUAGUUAGGAAAUGUUACAAAUUAACAAAGAUGUAAUGUUUAGAUGUGAUAUACUUGUAUCAAUAAUAUGUUGAUCAUGCAAUUGUAUUCAAUGAAUAUAAUAUGGUAAGCUUUCAAAUGAUAUGAUGAAAA